CAUUAUAAAAGUCUUAAAAUUUAUGGAACGAAUUUAAAAAAGUUAGUAAUUUAAAAGAAGAUUCCGAAACAUUAAAUCGUUUUAAGAAAUUUUUAGAUCACGCAUAAGAAUAAAUAAAAAAUCAAAGUUAAUCUAGUAAUAGUCAAAAUACAGAAGAUUUAAUAGGCGAUUCAUCAGAAGUAUUGAAUACAAUUUUAAAUUAUAUAGCUAUAUUUGAAAAAUCAAUAAAUAAUAAAAGCCAUAAUGUAAAAAUGUUAAAUGAUAUCGUUAAUUAAUCAUUAGAGAUUGCCGAAUAUAUAUUAAAAGAUGAUAAACAUAGAAAAUCUAUUGAAAACUCACAUGUUGCUUUGAAUCAUUUCUUAAACGUUGCUGACAAACUCGAUAAUAGUCAAAGUAAGAUAAUAUUAGUAAAAUUCAUAAUCAUGAUAGCAGAAAAUGUAGACUCUAAAGUAAAUUUUGUAUAAAAUGAAGGUUUUAAUAAAUUAAUGGUACUUCUAAUGGAUAAAGAUGAGAAAGUAUCUCGUAUAAUAAGCAGGGCUUUAUUACAUUUUUUAUAAAUCGAUAAUAGUGACGAAUCAAUGAUUUUAGAAUAAAUGAAAGGUUAAUUGGAAAAAUAAGAAGAUUAUUAAUCUAUAAAGGCAAAAAUAAAAAAAUAGCUUAGGAUUUUCGAAAAUUUACUUUGAAUGAGAUUUAAAGGAUUUUUUUAUAAAAUGAUGAAAAUAAAGAAAAAUAAUAAGAAAA